AACGUGAACUAGUUGGAAACACUAGUGAGGGGAAAGGUAGACUAGCGACAGAUAAAGAACGGAGGCAGGUUCGCGACGCAGAAAUGCUUUGAAAUACAACAAAGCGAGCACGGAAUAAGCCACGAAGCGCAAACACUAGCAUCGCGGAUGUUGUUUGGUUCUUUUAGACUGGAUUUGUGAGUUGAGGAUGAAGCUCGUGUUGUGGCUAGCCGCUGUAAGUUAGCUCGUGGGAUCAAGCCAGAAAUAACUAAACGCGACUGUCGUGUCAGACAACCGACAGACCCCCAGUCUGGAGUUCUGCUGAGUUUUGAGAGUGUUUUGGACCGGGGGACUUCGCGUACUGUUGAUAUAUCACCUUUAGCACUGCGCUAGCCGUUUCACAUGUAACUCGGUGGUGUUUCCGUUUGGGAACUCGAAUGAUAUCCGAGCAGGAGAGAAUCUAGAGAUGCAGUGUUGAGAUGUGGCCUGCGUUUGAUUGACGAUCAUGGGAGGAUGCGUGGGGCGAGAGCGCUCGGAGUCACGCGGACACGGCUCGAGGACGCAGAGGAAGCGUGGAGGUCGUAAUGAGCCGCUCAAGAAAGACAAGCCCAAGUGGAAGAGCGAUUACCCCAUGACGGAGGGCCAGCUCCGCAGUAAGAGAGACGAGUUCUGGGACACGGCUCCGGCGUUCGAGGGCCGUAAGGAGAUCUGGGACGCCCUGAAGGCCGCCGCCGUGGCUCUGGAGUGUAACGAUCACGAACUGGCUCAGGCGAUCGUGGACGGAGCCAACAUCACAUUACCACACGGAUCCCUGACGGAGUGUUACGACGAACUCGGCAACCGUUACCAGCUCCCGGUGUAUUGCCUGGCCCCGCCCGUCAAUCUGAUCACCGAAAGAAGCGAAGAAGACCUGUCCGACAACCCCGAGCCCCCGACGACACAGAAGAAAGAGUUCCAGCUGAAGGUGCGUCUCUCCACCGGCAAAGACGUGCGUCUGAACGCCAGCAUGAGCGACACCAUCGGCCUGCUCAAAAAGCAGCUGCAAGCUCAGGAGGACAUCGACCUGGCCCACCAGCGCUGGUUCUUCUCCGGAAAGCUGCUCACGGACAAGACCCGCCUGCAAGACACCAAGAUCCAGAAGGACUUUGUCAUCCAGGUCAUCGUGAACCAGCCCACACCAAACCACUAGGACGGAGCGGACGAAGGGAUGAAGGACCAAACGCAGCGGCUGGAAGAACGUCAAAUCGCACAACGUCCUGCUGUUUUAAAAUAAAAAACGAACGCAGCGGAAGUGCCAACGUGAAUUUGGUAGCGAAGCACACUGAUUUGAGUCUCUCGACUAUGCAUAUCCUGCAAAA